AAAAGAUUGGCAACAAUGAAUUUAUGCAGACACUUAACUAUUCCUGUAAGACGGAUACUGAUUCCUGUUCCAGUUACAAUUAAUUGUGAAAGAGGAAGAAAACAUUGGAAUUAUAAAUACAAAAAAGAAAGAGGGAGAAAAGUUUUAAAGAUCAAAUUACCAGAUUUUGAUGAACAACGACGAGAUGAAAAGUUAUCUAUUGAAGAAAUGCGUAGCAAAAUGAAAGAAAAGGGAAUUGUUCCUCAUCGACAAUGGAAUGAAAAGCCUAUGUAUAUGGGAUGCACAGGGGACAUUUUUGAUCCCUAUGUUCCUCCUGAAGGUGAUGGUAAAAUUUCACCUGUUUCAAGCUCA